AUGUGUGGCUGUAUUUUUGUCACCAUCAGCAUAAUCUACUGUUUCUGCCUGCACGUCACUCUCCAGCCAACUCCGGCCGUUUUAAGUGACAUGCUUCUAGAAUCUCUUGAGCUCACUUUCAUUUUCCAUUAUUCACAAAUGGACAGGAUUUAUAUGGUUGCUACGGCCGCCCUCAAUGUCGGUGUGUUCGGUGGAAAGGUCGCUUCGGAUACUUACCGAAUGGAUUUGAAUCAAGAGGAGAAAUCAGCGCGACUGGAAUCUCUUUGUCUCUCUACUCCGGGCUCUUUGCUUACAACGGCUGGUAUGAAAUGUCUUUAG